AUGGCCCUCUCCCCCUCCGCUACUCGCCUCCUGAGAGUGGACGGCCGUGCCAGCACGUCUCCAAAGCACGCGACGCGCGCUCGUCAACUUCGAGCUGCUGGAGAACUGACUGUGCCGCCGCUUGCAGAUGAGGAGGAGAGGCAGCAGAAUGUGGCUGCAGCAAAAGCUGCCUUGAGGCAUGCUGUGUCUAGCAGUGGUCGGGGGCGACGUGCCGAUGCACCACAGAGAGGGGCAAUAGCUGAAGCACAGGUCGCAGUGGAAGUUCUGGCUGCUCCUCUGGACUACCAGUUGCUUCCUGGCAAGUGGAGGCUUCUGUACACCGAUGCAAUAGAUGUGGUGCCACUUUUAAAGUUUGGGGAUGUUCAUCCCGAAGGAAGAUCGUCCUUGGUGCCACGUCCUCUGCGAGUCUGCAGCAUCUUUCAGCAAUUUUCAUCCGUGGAGGAGGGCACCUUGCAGAACAUCAUUUGCUGCAGUGUCCCUUUCAUUUUGGAGAACGAAGGCGUGACACUAACUGUCAGUGGCAAAUUUAACAUCAGCAGCUCCCGGCGGCUCGCCCUACAGUUUGAAUCUGCAGGAAUUAGUGACGUCAAGAUAAGUCCAGAGCUUGAGGCCUUGAUAGCACCAGCAAUGUUGCCACGGACGUCUGUCAACCAUCAAAUACUUCUGGCGUUGAAAGAGUUUUCUCUGCAAUUCUCCUUGCCACGACGAUCAGCACUUCCUAGGAUGGAAGGUGGCGACUAUAUGUUAACUUACCUGGAUGAAGACAUGUUGAUAGGCAGGGCUAUUGGUCUUUCUGGGACAUAUGUGUUUGAUCGAGAGCCUUCGCCUUGA